UCCAAAUAUAACCUUUCUUGGCCCAGUGACGGACUUCAAGAGGAGGAGUUUGUCUCAGUUCAGCUCAGGACGGACUGAAGGACAAAACAAGCAGACAGGAGCAAAACUAAUAGGACAACAAAAACACCGAGCACCUGGAAAGAUGUCUCCAGCUGCUUUAGCUGCUCGUCGGCUGCUCGCAGCUGCGUCAGAAGCGAGCCACGAGGGAGGAGCGAGGACCUGGAAGAUCCUGACAUUCGUCAUGGCCUUGCCCGGCGUCGGGGUCUGCAUGGCCAACGCCUACUUGAAGAUGAAGGAUCACUCGCACGACCAGCCGGAGUUCGUGCACUACUCUCACCUGCGUAUCCGCACCAAAAGAUUCCCGUGGGGCGACGGAAACCACACUCUGUUCCACAACUCCCACGCCAACGCUCUUCCCGGCGGCUACGAGGACUCUGGUCACCACUGAGACGACCCGUUUUCUCAGCCGGACCUGCUUAUAAUUUACACGCCGACCAGAAUAAACGUUUGUACCUGA